AUGACAGUCCUACCAUACCCCCAAGCUCUGGCGUUGCGGGAGACCGCUUUCAAUAGUGCCCCAGCAAACAUAUCUACGAACUCGAGCGCCGCCUCGACAAAUACCAUCUGGAAUGAAUAUUCGAUAAUUAUCCUCGUCGCGGCUCUUGUGGGCGUGAUCAUCGCCGCCUUGACCCUCCUUGUCAAAAUUCUGAGGCAUCCUCUAUACCAGAGGAAGAUUUCCGGGCAGAUGGCUUCGGAAUCCUCGACCCGGCCAGUCUCUGGUUCAGGGGAGCUAAUUCCUGGUACGUCUCCGGCUGCAAGUACCGCUUCAAUUUCAGGCAUGGAGUUGAGUACGCAGCCGACAUCUGUCGAGAUCCCGGACACGGCGGUGUGUAAGUUGGCGACUGGGCGGAGUGGGUUAGAGUUAGAUGGUUGA